CACUAGAUUGUUCCUGUUCAAAGACGAAGGGACUCUGUGUUUUGGGCGUUGUCCCAGCUUCAAAUGGCGUCGCGAUGUUGCUGAGGAGGUGUAGAAGGAACAUCUUUCGCUAUUCCGUUCCAAUCGCCUUUUUGUUCCUAUAUGCAUUCUUUCAGUUCAAAUUCUCCAACAGUGAGCUGAGACAUUCAGCAUCUGAGGUGUCUGCAAGGGAUGGAAGACGCUUAUUUGGUGAUCUUCAUAAUGAUACUCUCGUAGAUGUUUGGAAUCUUUCAGCAAAAGAUGAACGUCUGGUCUCAAAGAUCAAACAGCUAAUAGAAAAACCAGAGAAGGGCGAUUAUAACCUUACACAUCCAGAUGUUACUGAUUUUUCCAGAGGACAGAGCAUCCGAAUAAAUCAACUUCUGGACGGUAAGAAGAGAGGAUUCUACAUUGAAAUAGGUGCUUCGGAUGGAGAGGAUGGUUCUGUGUCCCUUUUCUUUGAGAGGUCGAGGGAAUGGGAUGGUCUUCUUAUUGAACCCCAUCCUGGACGUUACAGACAACUACGUCAAAAACACAGAAAAGCCUUAACAUUAAGAGCAUGCGUCAGGAGUAAUUCAAGUAAACAUGAAAAGGAAUUCGAAGACACCAUUGAAGGACACGUGAAAAUUCCAUGUUUGUGGUUGGAAUCCAUAUUGAAUGCACUGGAUAAAAAUACAGUUGAUCUGCUCAGUGUAGAUGCCAGAGACCAGGAAAUGGAACUUCUUAAAGCUAUACCUUUAUCUAAGUAUGCCGUAAAUGUGAUCACGGUGGAAUUUGUAGAAGGAUCGGGUAGUGACCUCUCUGUGAUGAGAUAUUUGCUGGAUCAUGGCUACCAUGCUAAUCAUCAGUUUGUCAAUCAUCCCUUACAUAGAAAUGACAUGGUGUUUACCAGAAAAAAAUCAAGCUAGAAAAAAAAAUCACGGUAUGAAUCAUUUAGAAGAACGAACAUCUGAAUAAAAGGAAAGUUUAAAUGGACACGUGAAUGUCUCAUACUUAGUUAACUGCUUUGCCAAGCUAUGAGUUUUAUCAUAUGCUUGGUUUUGUAUUUAGAUAUUUUAUGAAUUUUAGACCAUACAAUACGAUAAUUUCAUAUAUAAUAUUUCACAUAAUUUAUCUUUUAUAUGUAUAUCAUAUGUGUAGAACAUGUCUAUGAGCUUAAGUUUGGAUAAUGUAAAAUUGCAUUUUCAAUAUAAUCAGGAAAAAAA